CGCUGCCGUUCAGUCUGACCCGAGAGGUCUUUUGCUACUGACGGGGGCCUCGAGACGCGCAGCUCGCGUCGCGCGCUUUUUUUGAACGCGAAUAACAACGAGCGGUGGGAAAUCUUUUUCCUCCUGAAUUUCACUUUCACGAAAUCGUCGGAGAAUAAUUGUAAAUUUUCAAAUCUGAUAGUGGAAGAUCCCGCGAUACAUUCGAUUCGAAUGGUCAUACAGAUAUCUGUAUUUCUCAUGUGACAUACGGAUAUUGUGUACGAUAUCGCGGUUAAUGCAUGGCUAACCGGAAGUUAUUUGCAGAUUAACCGCACGUGCGGUUUAGUACGUAUGGUAUAAUACGCGGCGUAUAACGUUCGUCUGAAUGACCAUCGACGUGAAUUACAGGCAGCGUGACAAGUGUGACGAUGAAUUGAAAAGGAGCUGAAAGAACGUUGUAUGUUUCGGUUAAGGUAUUUUCAACGUUUGUUGUUUCUCCGCGCAGUUUAUACGGCUAACGUAAUCCACGAAAAUAUCGUUUCAGGUAUCAGAAAUAAAAUACCAUUGGCUCUCGAUCAUCGAAAGAUUCGUCACUUUGGAUAGUUCCGAUAGUUCAAACACAUAUCGACGUGGUUUAGAAACAUGUUCUGCAGGAUUUGCGACAAGGAAAUAAUCCGACUGCAUUCGUCGUCCUGCAAAUCCAUCGGCAUGUUGAAACAGCAGGAAAAUAGUAACCACAUCCGUAAACAACAUUGAUGUAUCAGCUGGGGUUCUAUCCAGCAACAGCAGAGGUUCCCAGAAUGUCUCUAACUGCAGGAGCCAACCGGUGGGCAUCAAAAGUCGUAAUAAUCCUUCAACUCGCCGCUUGGAGUGCCGUUGGAAUCGUUCUUCUACAGAAAGGCGUUUCCUCCAUGCACAAAGCAGUCGAUGUCAGAAACGCGACUCAGUUAAACAACACAGUAACGGUGAGUAACCUGAUAACGAAAAAAAUCGCCAACGAAGAAGAUCGGAGCGAGAAUGAGUCAUCGUCAAGUAGUUCGAGUAGUUCAGAGGUUCAAAACGAGGAGGAAUGGAGCCCGGGGUCAGUUAAAAGUAAAAAGUACGAUCUCGGUAACAAGUUGAAAGUAAUCGAAGAGGGAUCGGCAGAAGCUGUUUUGCCAUCUUCGUCGUCGACGAACGACGACGUGUCCAAGGAGUUUAUGCCGGGAUACAAAUCCGCAAAUGCUUCUGAAUCAAGUCGGAAUUUAAGGACGUCCAACGUCGCCGGAGGCGGAACGGCCGCUGCGGCCGUUGCGAUGAUCGCCGUGGGGGCGGUGAUGCUGGUUUUGGGACCGGCCGUCAUUCUUUUGCGGACUCUCGACGAUCGCCGGCAGGAGCGAAGGUUCCUCAAGCUUUCAGCGCAGGACGAUUUGCCCCCGAGCUACGAGCAGGCCACGCUUAUGGACGAGGCGCCAAGGUAUUCGACCCUGAGCCUCAACACCAUCAGUGGCGCCCCGAGCGGUGGAGGGAGGCCUACAGGCUCUUCGGAAGUUUGCGAGGUGUGAUCAGGUCGCUUGACUUGCCUUCUGAAAUACGAUGGAAAAAGCAAGAAAAACAUGUGCGUGGCCGCGGAAACGAAAAACUCUUCCUUCUUAAACAUCGGUUCUUGUUUUCUAAUGAUGUUCUUCGGCGAUCUGCGGGUUCUCCGUUAUCUUGAAAAUCGAAAGUGUGUGCUUUGGGACACGAUUUGUCGUGACAAUUGACCGGUGCGCUCCCUACCGGGCUUGAAACGUACCGUUGGAAGUUUUCAACAUCGUUGAUUAAAGACUCAAAUUUGCGCAAUCAGUGAGGGAUGAAGCUUUUAGGGAUCUUAAGAUAACCAACCUCCACAUAAAUCGAAUGUUUUUUCUUACAUUCACUGAGUUCCACGUGAAUACUCAAUUCGGUACUGUUUGUGGUUUUCGGUAGGAAAAAAUAUCAUCAUUGCACGGAAUAAUGAAACUUUUUCUAGUAAUACUGAAUAAUUAUAGCAAACAGUUCUUGUCUGAUUAUCGAAUAGUCUCAAGUGUACGGUCUACGUUCGGUAGGGUGGCGCAACAGUGACUCAACGUAACGAAUUAAUGCAGUUGCAUUUCCGAACUGGGUUUAUUUUCGUGGCACCGUGUUCCGUUGAAAAAAAUCUUAUUCCGACAUCAAUUACCGUUGUUCAUGUAUAGACCGAUAAUUGACCGAGCAAAAAAAAGUGCGGGAAGAUUAAAAAGGAGAGAAAUGAUCGGUGGUAGAAUUGUUAGCUGCGCUGUCUUACGUCGUCUCUUUUCGCAGAUCUUGAAGCUCGUGUUUACAGUGAACUCCCCGUAACUUUCCGUCAUGAUAUUAAUCGUCAUGAAGUCGGUAAUUCAUGCUCUGAACACGAGCAGCACCGUAUAAAGCCGAAUGUUACGAAGCACCGUAAAAUGUAACGAUGUAUUUAUUAUAAUCACGUUAUGAUUGAAGACGAUGCAUUAAAUCUGCUGGGACAGAUUUGUAAUUCCUAACUGAAAUGAAAACAUGUGAUAUAUAUAGAUAAUAAUGGCAUUACAAUUAUCGAAUAUUUUCACGUAAAAAUUCGACUUUGAGGUAUAAAACGGUUAUUUUUAGACAAUAAUUAUUUCGUUCUUACAAGCCAGAUCUCCUCAGCAAGGAUCGCUGUGUUCAUUGGUUAUGAACUAUCAACGUUUUGUAUAAAUCACAUAUUUGUUUUGUAAAUAUUAUAAGAUAAGUAUAAUACACGAAGUCCAAGACAUUAGUUGUACAGUAUAUCGACGAUAAAACGAUAUUGCGCAACUACAAACGAAGACAAGAAAGUAGAAUAAAAGUGAAUAUGUAAUUGUUUUUGAACAAACAAUUUUAAUAGUUCCAAUGACUCCGGAAAAAACUUUUGCAUACAUGCGUAUACCUUAGAUAUUACGUAAAAAAAAGAAAGUUUUACCGUAUUUUAUCUACGAAGAUUAGAUUUUCGGGAGAGAAACUUGCUGGAAAUAAAAAUUUAAUAAUACGCAGCUGUCCAUUCGUUCAAACUUUAGACACAGACCCUCUUACCGUGCGAGUUAUCGAUAUCGGCUUGACUUCAACAUAAAUUAUUCGAGUGACUAGAAACAAACAUGAUAUAACUUGGUUAAUAACGAGCCAAAAAAAAAGCCAUUCUGAUUAUACGAGAUAUGGGUAGCUACAAGGUUCGCCCGGCAGGCAGAGAAGGUCACAAUGAGCCAAUUGGCUUUAAUUGAUCCCGAGGCAUGAACUCAACCGUCCGCCGAAUUAGAGUGGACUUAUUCCGGAACUGAAUAACGAAUCCAGCCCGAUGCGUGUGCAGUGCUAAAACUCACGGAUGAUUUAUUCUUGAAAUCUUUACGUGAAUUUUCUCCGAUUCUGUACGGAGAGAGCUUCGCUUUUUAUACCUUCUAGUAUUGUCAUUCUUAUCACUAUUUUUACUUACAUACGCGUCGUGCAUAAUGUAGAGAUUUAUUUUAGAUGUAUGAGAUAAUGAUAUGGGUGUGUAUGUACAAAGUACGUACAUAUAUAUAAAUAAUAUGUUAUAUUUAAAAUAUUUUGUAUACCGACUGUGAAAUCAUUAUUAUUAUUAAUAUUAAUAUGUACAUCAAUCAUUUAAUACGAAAUAAACAUGAUAUUUCUAGAGAUAUUAGCUGAUCGUGCACGCUGUGUUUGUCAUUGCAAUGGAAAUUAUUAUAUCAACUAAAAAAUACGCGUACACCGAUUGAUAUUUUUUUAAAUUCUUGGUAUUGGAGAUCAUUUUAUUCGUACUUUACAUAACUGAUAAAUAUUCCUCGGUUGUAUUAUAUAUACACAUAUAUAUAUUUGUUUUUGUGAUGAAAAUUACUUUCUUACAUUGGCAAAAUAGACGUAUACUAACCGAUGGUCUUUGAAAUUUUCGGUUUUGGAGAUACACGCGUAGCAUAAAAAAUGUCCCAAGAUCUCGGAAUAUCAACUGGAUUCACGAUGGGUAAUUUAAUAUACUCUGGUUCUACAAAUUAUAAAAAAGAAAAAAAUAGAUACAAAUCUGAGAAAUAAUAAUCAGUUUAUCCGCUUAUUAUUUGUCAACGGUUUUGAAAAACCUAUUUGAGAAAUUACAAGGCAGCAUGCACGUUUCUAUCAUGAAUUUUUUCAUAUCGUUAUAAAAUUUCUCCAGCAGUUCCUUACCCAUCGACGGACAAAAAUUCCUCCAGUACCUUGUAUAAUUAUAAACGAAAGGCAUGCUGGCACUCAGUUUCGGCCAAUAUUGCUAUAACGAUUCCGAGUUAAAUCAGAUCAAGAUUUUCAGAAACUCGGGCAAUGGUUUACCUAAUUAACUUCUCAAACGCACCAAUUACACCGAUUUUUCUCAAGAAUCGAGAUAAGUAAUUUCAUGUGAAUCCGCCGAGGUUCGUUCAUACAAGGAGUACGAUCUUACAUCGAUUGAAGGUGGAGUCUGAUACGUGCACGAGAGUCGGUGACUAUCGCUCCGCAAUGGCGUAGCCGUUGACAAUGGUUCAACGUUUAUGCGGAGUCCGACGGUAAAGCGGUCUGAUUACGAGAUAAGAGAGAAAAGGUGAGCCAGGCGGUACAAGCAGUCGGGCUUUACAUGGUCGUGAAAGAUUAAGCGUCCAAGCUAAUUUUCGUAUCAUAAAAAUCGUUACAACAUGUGGGCAAUAAAAUAAUACAGUGUGUCUAGAGUAAUUGCUAGUGUGAAAAAGCGACGAACACCGCGAUGCUGCAGCAGCGGCGUUGAACGUGCUUGAAAUCAUCUCGAUGACCAAACUUGUAUGAUAGAGAACCGCAGAGAAGACUUUCUAAAACACGAUCGGAUUGCCGCUGCCGCUCGAGUAGCGGCCGUCCAAGUGGAUCACAGAAUUAGCAUCGUGCGAUUUGGCGCCUUCUUAUUUUAUACACAUUUUUUACAACGACGGUAAGAAGGGGAUUUUUCAUCCGAAUGCCUGCGGCCCCGGAAUAUGGCAAACGACCAGUCCGCUCAACUUCGAACAACGAUGCCGGACAGAACUGCAGAAGCCGCGCCUCUUACGACCGAACGUCGAUAUGGAUUUUCUCGGAUAGGAUGCGCAGCUGCAUUUGUACUGAUAAUUCUUGCCGUCGGAACAGGAGUGGCUCUUGUUAUCGGCGUUAGAGAUGCCGGGAUAAUGCUGGCGAUUUUAUUGCCAAUUCUGGUGCUAUCUGCAGGAUUAGCCAACCUGUUUCUGUGGUGGCAGCACAAGAAGGCCGUUCGACGUCGAGAACUGGCAGCAAACGAGUGGGUCUCAACACCGCAAGCAGUACAGCAGGUACAGGCAUCGGCACCGUCCGAGACUCCAAGGAGCAGCGGUUCCUGGUUCAGUAGGUUUUCUCUGAGAGCCUCAUCGCGCUCAACUCCGCCUCCUGGAUAUCAAACGGUGGUCUCGGGGACCUGAUGGACGAAUGUAUCGAUAUUACACAGAUAAACGUUUUUUAUUUGAUAAGUACACAAAAAAACGAUACGUUUGUUAACACUACGUUAGGUACGUUUUUUUAUUUUCUCGAAGUCUGGACGAUCGCUUGGCGGUAUCGUUUUCUAUUUUUCCUCGGACUCCGGAAUGAAAGUGUUUUCCUACGUGGGAUUGCUUUGAGCCACAUUUUUGUUUUCGAAAGUGCUUAAUGAAAUAUUAAUGGGGUUCGUGAGGCGUAGCGGUAAAAAUAUCAUUGCGGAGGAAACAAAGUAUAUCUUUUCACGACACUUUGAGGUCCUAGUAAAAGUGAUACUUCGAGAACGUGUUAUGUAUAUAGAUUAGGGCGGUCCUCAAAUAAGUAAUUUUCCAAUCUCGACCGGCUCGCUCUUCAAAUCACUUCCGAAUACUUCAAAAAUGAUUCUUUCAUUUUUUUCAGAUUUUUAUCGCAAUUCUAAUACGUGCCCGUAAGAGAGUGGAUUUCUCCAUCUAGCCCUUUCAGAUGCAUAUUAAAUCCACCGAAUGGAUUUCGAUGAAAUUUGGUGCAGGGAGGUUUCUUUAUUGAGUUUUGUUAUUUCAAGUUUAUAUUCGUAAUUAGCAACCUCGCAAACCCUCGAGCACUGAAUUUAAUUGAAAUCGAAACACUUUUUGGAUUUUGGUACGCCAUAUUGAAUCCGCCGUGAUGAAUUUUCAAAUUUUGAGUUCAGAUGCGUAGUCAGCGAUCCACGAAACCGCCGUAUACCAAAUUUUAUAGAAAUCCGUUGGGUAGAUAUAUUGGCGGGUACGGGUUAGAGUUGAGAUCAAAAUUUUAAAAUAUAAGGGAAUCAUUUUUUAAUUAUUAGGAGCCGAUUUGGGGGGUGAGCCGGUCAAGAUUCGAAAUGACCGUUUACAGGACCACCUUAAUAUACAUAGAUAUUAUAUAUUACAGUGAUAAUCAAACCUGCCAAAAUUUGAGUCUACAUGCAAAAACAUUCACGUUCUACUUGUGUAUAUAGUUCCAGAGAAGUGGAAUUCGAUAUGCUUAAAAGAAUUCAAAAACGUAUCUAAUUGUAAGACGCAGACGAAUGGUAGUUACAUAUGUUUUUAAAUAAUUUUACGCUUGCGUGAUAAAUUAAGUUCAGUAUUGUAUCAUUGUUGGAUCUUAAUCUGUACUUCAUGAAAUAUAUGUCAUUAAUUUGUAACUCAUAAACGUAUAAUGAUCAAUGUUCGUGGAAUUGAAAUGUAUCUGCAGUGUGGGUCGAAACUUAAAGGAUAAGUUACAAGCCAAAAAAACAUUACAUAGUAUGAUAUUCUCAAACUCAUCGAAUAUCAUAGAAAUUGAUUUGACGUUACAAGUUUACA